AUGGAAGAUUGGGAUGCGGAUUGUCUGGCCGCAAAUGGGGGGCCGCGAAAGCUGCUCUUGGAGGAGGGGGGCGAGCGCAGAAUCCCGAGCAGCCGGGGCCGCGAAGUCUCUGUUCCGCAACUUCCUCGGCGGAAGAGCGGAUCUUGCAGCAACGGUGGUGCCUUAGCAGGCAGAUCGAUCGAGACGCGAGCGGUGCUGUCAAGCGGGAAGCCUGGCACGAAGGCGGCGGCGGCUUGGCACAAGCGUUUCCGCACUGGCGUCAGCGCCUUGGCUCCGAAAACUCCGCCAGAGGGCCCGUUGUCGUCUCAGGUCUUGCGGACAGCAUCGGAACUAGAGCGCUACGAAGUGAAGCGCGUGGCUUGUGAAGAGGAAUUCAGAGGGUUUAGAACGUUUAGUUGGCGAGUGGAGGCGUUUCGUGUGCUCUGCGGCAGCGGCUUUGGGGCGUAUUGGGCCCCGCGCAAACUUAACCAGGAAAGUGCAACGAGAGCGGAACGGUAG